AUGACAGCCGAUGCCACGAUGCCGCUCGAAAAGGCGCGCCACAUCAAAUACUGGCAGCGCUGCCACAAGACCUUCCUUCCGCACCAGUACACUUCCAACGACAGCUCGCGCAUCGCCCUAAGCUUCUUCAUUAUCGCCGCUCUCGACAUCCUCUCCCCGCCCGAGCCUUCCAAAGAGAACCCUCAUCUACUCACGGCCGCCGAUCGAGUCGCCGCGCGGAACUUCGUUUUAGGUCUCUACAACACUGGCGGCGGCUUCUGUGGCUCGCCAACCCACGCCCUACCUACCGAGCUAUACGCGGACUGGGACAUUGAGGAGGGCACGGCCCGGACGAGAAACUCGAGUUCGGCGAACCUGGCGUCGACGUAUUUUGCGCUCUUGAGCUUGGCCAUCAUCGCAGACGGGCAUGAGGCGGCAACGAGUGCCUUUGCGGGCGUGGACAGGGUUGUGACGUUGCGGUGGCUCAAGCGUUUACAGCGUCCGGAUGGGAGCUUCGGAGAGCUCGUCCUGGACGACGGGAGCAUAGAAGGCGGCAAUGACAUGCGGCUGUGCUUCCUGGCUGCCACCAUACGGUGGGCACUGCGGGGCGAUACCAAAAAGGGAGACGACGACUGGGUCGAGGACAUUGACGUUGAUGCGCUGGUCAGGUACAUCCGCCAGGGCCAAACCUACGACGGCGGGCUUGCGCAGAGCUCCCACCAGAACGAAUCCCACGUAAAGCGGCCAUCAGCUGGCUACGCGUGGUGCGCGGUAAGCGCCCUCGUCCUUCUCGAUCGGCCCCCCACCCAAGGUGCUAUUCCUCACCGCAGCGAGAUCCUCCACCAGGGUAUUCCAGACGUGUCGUUGCUGGUCAAGUUUCUCGCCUACCGCCAGUUUGAAUAUCUCGAACGAGAGGACGACACGGAUGACACCGCCACCGACAACUUUUUAUUGCCCUACUCGCUGAACGAUCUCUCGCUGAACUCCAACCUGCGUCUUGUGGGUUUCAACGGGAGAUGUAACAAGUUGGCGGAUACCUGCUAUUGUUGGUGGGUUGGAGGGACAUUGCAGAUGCUGGGUCACGUCGACCUCAUCGACACCGAGCCGUCACGCCGUUUUAUCAUGAACAAGACACAACACCUCAUCGGCGGCUUCUCCAAGUACCCUGGCGCCCCGCCCGACAUUUAUCACGGCUUUCUAGGCCUAGCCGCGCUUGCCAUCAUGGGUGACUCAGCCCUCAAGCCGUUUGAUGCAUCCGUGUGUGCGACACAGGAAACUGUCGACAAGGUUGUGGCCGCGAGGGAGGGGCUCAGGGACGCAACCAGAGCGGGGCGGCGGUAA